GGGAGGGAGAGAAAAAGGAAGCUCCUCGAUAAGUUUUCUGUGUAUAUUUCUCCAAAGUUACACAAACUUUCACAAACCAAAGGUAUGACUGGAAGCCCUGAGGGGAUCAACAUGAGGAAGAGAGAGAUCUGAAGGGAGGAGCGGACACCAGUUUGUCUGAAGUUGUGCACAGCUGAUGACAACAUCAAAUAUUAACACUUUUUAAGGCCUUGGGCCUCGAGUGACUAGAGAGAUCCUGGACAGAGAAACAGGAAGACAAUGUCCUCCGAACUGGACUCCAGUCUCACCAGUAUCGACUGGCUGCCUCAGCUGGGAUUCAGCAGCCUGCGCUCGGGGAGAGAGCGAGGAGGAGGAGGAGAGAGGGAGAAGAAGAAAGACCGUGGGAGAGAUAGAGGAGACUUUCUACCCUCAGUGCCGGACCCCUCCCCUUCAAACUCCAAGGGGAAGCCCCCUCACAGCUAUGCUACUCUCAUCGCCAUGGCAAUAGCAGCUGCCCCUGAGAGGAAGUUAAGUUUGAAUGACAUCUACACCUGGAUCAGUGACACCUUCCCCUACUACAGCCGAGCUGGCCGAGGAUGGAAAAACUCUAUUCGGCAUAAUCUGUCCCUUAAUAAAUGCUUCAGGAAGGUUCCUCGGCCCCAGAAUGACCCCGGCAAGGGUUCCUAUUGGACGAUGGAUGUACCUGCAGAUGCAAACCAAGCAAGGGCGCCAAAGCGUCCUUAUCCAGAGGAGGAAGAGGAAAAGCAGAAUGUUCCUCGGGUAGAGGGGACACAAGUAGAGAGAGAACCUUCUCCUCUUCAACCACAACCAGUCUCUAUCACAGACCCCCAGCUCCUCAACACAGAGACUCCAGGAGCCAUUCAGCAACAGUCCACCCAUCCUGCCUCUCUCUCUCCUCCCCCAUGCAAGCAACCGUCACCCUACAUGCCAAGCCCUGUGUCCAGUCUUCCUGUCCCUCAUCCCUCUGCUACCCCUCCAGCUGGGCACCAACCUCCCGUCCCCAUCAACUCCUUUCACCCCCCUCACCCCCCUGGCUCUACUUUCUCCCUCCCUGCUGCUUCUGCUACACCUCUGUCUACUCCAGCUGCUCCCUCUUUCUCUGAUGCAUCCCUCUCCUUUCCUGCUUGCUCUGGGCCCGUUUCUGUCUCCACCUUCUCCUCCACUCCCAGCUCUGUUUGCACCAUGUCUGGACCCCCUCAUUCCUCUGUAUCCAUCACCCCUGCAUCCAUCACCGUUCCUCCUGCCAUCUCCCAGAGCUCCUCCACAGAUCCUCUGCUGCGUUUCACCUUCGAUGAGCUGAAUUUACCAGACUUAUAUGCAUCUUUCAAAUCAAUUUUCAAGACAAUGCGGGACAGAGGAGGAUCUCAGUCGGAGAUUACUCCCCUGACCAGUCUAAACAACGACACUACCCCUCUACACACUCCCACACUCCUACCACUGUCUCCUCACCCUACACCUCUUCCACCUGCACCACUUGCACCAGCUACACUGCUUCCACCACCUGCACACCCUCCUGAGACGGAGCGCAUCCCACAAUACACAGUGCCAGCAGACUGGUUCAGUAAUCCAGAUUCUCUGAAGGAAAGCUGCCGCAUCGCCAGCAGCCUAGACUGGGCCAACAUUGACCUUUCUGGACACCCAGACCUACUGGAGAGCAUGCGCCAGGCGGAGCUCUGUGACUGGGCCCUGGACCCGACGCUCUUCACCUCCCUCUGCGACUCCCUGAACCGCUUCUUCACUCAGAAAGGCAUGAUCACCUCUGGGAGCAACUCCCCUCAAGCUGUGGGUGCUCCUAAUUCCCUGCACAACCAACCCUUCACCUCCAAUCCACCCCCUACCCUCGCCAGCCUCACUCACCCUUCACCUCUUCCCUACUGCCCCACUCUCCCCCCUGCCAGUGGAAUACAGCCGCCCCGGAGGCCUCUGCAGGUACAGGGACUGCAAAGACCUCAGCCCACACAACCUGCAAACACAACUGCUGGUAUGCAGCCUCAAUCGAUGAACUCUCGACCACGUCCUCCAUUGAGAAAUCUGCACAGCAACAGCGAGGAGAUCCAGGAUGACUUUGACUGGGAUUCUUUGCUUGCUUGACCCUCAAAGACUGCGGGGAGAAACAUUUUUAACUGAACAUUUCAGAGAAAUAACCAUCUGCACACAACUCUGUGCAGCUGUUGAGGAUCUUGAAGCUUCUUUGAAAGCUAGACUGGGAUAAAGCUUGUCAAUUAUUACUGAAUGCUGUAUUUCAAGUUUAUAUUCAUUGUUGUAUUCAUUGUCAUUGAGUGUUUCUGCAGGUUAUAA